UGGUGGAGUCGCUGCGAGAGUGGUGUUCGUGUGAAUGCGGCGUUCUCCAGUGGUAUUGGUGAUUCGUUUGUUGCCGGUUCUGUUGGUUUUUCCACUGCUAGUGGAGCUUUGAGUGAUUAUGAUCGUCUUGCUCUUGGCGGUUUAACCAAUGAACAAUGGUCUCAUUUUGUAUCUUUGGUAAAUUCGGCUAAACAAAAUAAUUCCUUGUCUGAUACACAUCGUUUAUUUGAUUGGAUGUACGAUAGUGGGGCAACUCAUCAUAUGACAGGAUUCCUAGAGUUUCUUUCUGAUGUUCAAGAUAUUCCUGCCCGUUCUGUUCAACUGCCUAAUGGUUCAUUGACUAUGGUUACUAAGGCUGGGACUGUUUAUUUGGAAUAUCAUAUCACUCUUUAUGAUGUUUUACACGUUCCCAGCCUUCGCU